ACAAUAGCCCCAGAGUGUACGAUAGUACGGGGUUGAGGGUGGGAGUGUUGGAGAGUGUUGUUGGCGAGGAGUGAGUGUUGGCGAGAGUGUUGGUGCGGGGCCGCCGCCUCCACACACCCACAGUACCCACACUGGUGAAUGGAAGUCCAACAAGAUGACGCUAGUGAGAUAUUUAUCCCCGGACCAGCUUGUAGGCUUCGAAAACUAUAAGUACAGCGCACAAGACACAAGCCCCCUCAGCAAUUAUGUUAUGCAUCCAUUUUGGAAUGCUGUUGUAAAGAUAUGUCCACGUUGGAUAGCUCCCAAUGUUCUCACAUUUGUGGGGUUCCUUUUUACUGUUGGAAACUUUGUUCUCCUGGCCAUCUAUGAUUAUAGUUACUAUGCCUCCAGCACUGCACCUCCAGGUGAUGAGUAUCCACCCAUUCCGAAGUGGGUGUGGCUAGUCUGUGCAUUUGAUCACUUCAUGGCACACACGCUAGAUGGAAUAGAUGGUAAACAAGCUCGGAGGACUGGGACAAGUGGGCCAUUAGGAGAGCUCUUUGACCACGGACUAGACUCUUGGACAACCUUUUUUAUACCGGCGUGUGUCUGGUCUGUAUUUGGACGAGUAGACUACAGUAUUUCCCCGCUUAGGUUUUAUUUUGUUUUAUGGAAUGUUAUUACCUGUUUCUACACGUCUCACUGGGAAAAAUAUCUUACCAAGAUUUUGUUCCUACCUUGGGGAUAUGAUAUAUCACAAGUGCUCAUAUUUUGUAUUUAUUUAUCAACGGGAAUUUGGGGGCAGCAGAUCUGGAAGUUUCAGAUUUUUCUGGGAAUUUCAUCAGGAGCCAUGUUUGAAUUCAUGAUGUAUGCUGGAUCUCUGGGCACUUCUCUCCCUAUGUCCUUUUGGAAUAUUUACAAGUCAUACAGAGACAAAACAGGAAAGAUGCUUGGUGUGUGGGAGUCUAUUCGACCCCUGUUCACGCCUAUUAUAUUCUUCGCCAUCUCCACUGCCUGGGUGUAUUGGUCAUCGAAAGACAUUGUCAACAAGGAUCCCAGACUGUUUCUCUUCAUGGUCGGCACAAUUUUUGCCAAUAUAAAUUGCCGAUUGAUUGUGUCACAGAUGAGUAGCACACGAUGUGAAUUCAUCAAUUGGUUGAUGCUACCUCUUGCCUUGUCUGUGGUGAUAGUGGUGGUGUUCCCUAGUCUAGAGACAGCUACCCUACUUCUUAUGAGUAGUGUGGCAACUGUUGCUCACAUUCAUUAUGGUGUUUAUGUGGUCCGUCAGAUGUGCGAGCACUUUCACAUUAAGUGUUUCAGCAUUAAGGAUCGGGCCGAUUGACUACUCGCCGACAGUGCAUGAGUGUUUUGUAGAUGGCUGCCCUUGGAACCAUUAUGAAAUUGAAAGCUUUUGUCUUUGAAGUUAUCACUGCUGUUGAUGGUGCUGGUAAUGUUGACAAAGUUUGUAUGGCAUACAAUGAAUCUGUUCAUAUCAUGUGAUUAUCUUGUAAGGCAGGGUAUUAAUAAUGGACACGGAACAAAUAAUUAGUAACCAGAAUUGCCUUAUCUUUGCACGUUAAGGAUUAUAAUCAACUCUCCAUUGUCACUCAUGAUGGAUGUAACCAAUAUUUUAGUUUUACACCAAAUUUGGCUGUAGCCAAUCAAUAUUUACAUUAGUUCCAUUCUACUAUGGCUACAACAAAAGCAUAACAAUCAACCCACUUGUAUUAGUGAACCAGAUGAAGUUGGUUAAAGUAAAAUGUACAAGAUCUGAUAUACAUAAUAGAUGGGAGCAAGCCAAAUAUUUGCCAUGCUUUAUGAUUCCCUUCCCCUCCCCCCUUUUUUUUUUUAAAUGUAUGUGAAGUCUGUUCUGACUGGUUAAUAUUAACGUUGUUUCAUAGGACAUGUACCUGAUAUUUAACAAGGUUGGAUAUGGGAAAUGUUAAAUUUUGUUUACAUUCACAAAGUGUAGAGAGAAGUGAUUAAGGUCUUUUGCUAGCAAAGUUGAGAUUUUUAGGCUUUUAAGAUGUAUCAGUUUUAUUCAUAUUAAUAUACCGGCUUAAAUGACAAUACAGUUUUUAAAAAUUCAAGGAGUGGUUAAAUUUAAGAAGAACAAAUUAGAUUGUUGAAUAUAGUUGAGAGAUGGACAUUUUUUAUUCCACAGCAAUUUAAAAUUUUAGUUUUUGUUCUUGAAAUUAGGUGACUGAAUAGUGUACAACAUACCUGAUGAACAAGACAAUAAGAUUUUAGUUAGCGUGUUUGAAUAACACCGCGUUGUUUGAAUUGCAAUGAAAUUAGCCGUUGCGUGUAGGCAAGGUUUAAUGCAGUACUAUAACAGGCUGGCUUGCUUACUAAUGUGCACUAGUGACAAAUGCUCUUUACUCUGUGCUGCUUCCUUACUGCUGUUUUUUACCUUCAUUUUCACAUGGUGAUAACCCUUAAAGACUGUUACAUAGUAAUGCUAGGUCACAUUGUACUUGCUGUGAUGAGUGGGCCUUGGUACCCUGGUUUGAUUUGUUGCUUUGUGCCUUGAGUUGUGUCUUGCAGGUUAAUUGGAUAAUUUAAGGUGUAAUAAUGUUGAACUUUUUCUCUUAACACUCUUUUCUCACGUUGAAUAAUCUGAUUCUUGUGCAUGCAAGAAAUCGUGUAAAAGAAUAACCAUAUUAGUGCUCAUUAAUAUGAACAAAUUAAUGAACUUGAUAUCCAGAUUCAUUUCAAAUAUCUUUAAUGUACAAAGACUGAAGACUCCUUUAUCUGUAAUUUUUAACGAGUAAUUACUGUAGUUAAAAUGUCUGGAAUAGCUUAUUUUAGCAAUGUAGCUUAAGUAUAUUGUUAAAACUUGUAUUUAUUUGGUUUCUAUUUUCAGUAUGACAGGUUAUUUAGCAAUUUAAUAGGAACACACAAGGUUAAUAAUUUUGGCAGUUAAAUUGUGAUAGCAACAUUUUAACAAUUAAUUCUAGGAUAUGCUUAUACUAACGAUUAUGCUAAUGAUUAGCAAAUGCUCUUUGUUAAGAGUUUCUACUGUUAACACAGCUCAAGGAAUAUAUUAUGUGUAUUGAUACCAUCUCACAUGAAACUAGGAAGUCUUAAAAAGUACAAUCAAUAGUUGUACCUCUUUAGAGGCAACGUUGCUAAGGUGUUACUGUUGUUUGUGUUACGGAACCAAGAAUCCAUUGUUAUUUACGCAUUGCAUUGUUUAAACGGGAAAGAUUUUUGACAUCCUAGAUAACCAGCUUUAAUAUCUUGAGACUUUUGCUGUGAUAUCUUAUUCGCAGCUGUAGAAGUUAAUUACAUUUUCGAGUUUUUGUAAAUUUUACAUAAGCAUUAGCCAUCACUAGGCUGAGUCAGCCGGGUCAAGGCUUGACAUGUAUUGUGUAGUCGUGGUUGUUGUCAUAGGUUAUUGUCAGGUUAAGAUUUCAAUAUUUCUUUACGAACAAUUUUUUCCUAUAGGCUUGAAGGAAAUUAUUCUUAUUGGAAUCUCUUUGGGUAGAAAAUUUGAGGCAGCAUUUUCAAAUUAGGAGAGGAAAGUAGGAAGUUUAGUGAGUGCAUCAUAUGUUUUAUGAUAAUGGGGUAUGGCAUGUACACUACGUCACUGUUUACAAUAAACACGCUCACCACAACUCUGUAUGCUGCGUAUUACUAACACCUUAUGGUCUCUGCUGCAUGCUUUCCUUUGGUGGCUGGCUAACAUAUUCCUCUACUCAGUGGCUGGUGCUUAUAUGAUACCCAGCAUAGAAUGUGAUUGCUUUGCCAGUCAUUGUAAGUGAUUAUUUCAAACUGAAGUACAGUACAAGAGAAAUAGGAAUUAAUAUUUGGAUUGUUUUACUGGUAUGUUAUUAAUGCAAUAGUAUUUGAAGAGGAGCAGGCUGUAUUACUGUUCUGAAGUUUAUUGUCCAAGGUAAGUGUUAUAAAUUGUCAAUCAUUUAUUUGGCUUAGAAAUUAUACAUUUUGAUAAAUAUGGUAUAUGGAGGGAAAGGUACCAUGAAACAGUGCCUGCUAAGCUAGAGUUCUCACAUAAAGAAGAAUAAUUACAAUGACAGUACUGUAGGUGGGGGAGGGGGGGGGUUCCUCUAAAACAGUGGUUCCCAAUCAGCGGGUCAUGGACCCCUGUGGAGUCUUUGCGUAUUAGGAAAUGCAGCCAUUCUGAAAAAGGUUGGCAACUACUACCAUAAAGAGUAAAUAAAAAAAAGUUAAAAUUUUGUGCUGGUAGAAUUUAUUUUAAUACCUGUGCAGUACUUAUAAAUUUUAUUUCAUUAAAUAUUAAUUUCAUUCUGGAUACAAGUCAUUAUGAAUUAUAUUAAAAAUUAACAGCUUUUCAAUACAGUAGUUGAAUAUUUUAAAGAAUUAAUAUGCUUAAUUACUGAACUUAAUUUCGAACUUAAUUCUGUAAUGCAAUCUACAUAAUGAGGCUUUAGAUGUUUGCAUUAUUAUUUAGCUACACAAGCUUUUGGUUGGAUAAUUUAUAUAAAAAAAUUGUUCAGUUAAAAAUAAAUAAAUGUAGGUAUAUGCAGUGGACCCUUGCUUGUCUUACUAAGAAUCUGUCUAUAGACAUUUGUUUUUCCCUACGUUUUAACACUUGUGUGUAGUGAGACAUCACAUUGUCAUUAGGGAAGGUUAAUGCAACUGCCUGCUGCAGCUUUAUCUGGGAGAGUCUUUUCAGCAAAUCUUUGCAGUUCUUCCCAUGCUGUACACAUUUUCUUAAUGAGGAAGGGACAUCCUCUACUGCCUCUACUCACGACUAUUUUCUUAGGUUGAACUUUACCGCAGACUUUUUAGGGGACCCUAAAUAUAGACAGUAUAUAAGCAGUAAAAUAGGUACCUGGGUGUUAGUCAGCUGUCACGAGCUGCUUCCUGGGGGUGGAGGCCUGGUCGAGGACUGGGCCGUGAGGACACUAAAGCCCCAAAAUCAUCUCAAGAUAACCUCAAGAUGACCCAUGACAUGAUAUAUAUAAUAAGAACUUUUAUGUUCAGAAACCCCAAUAAACAGAAAAAAUUGAAAAUCUUCACAAAGAAUUCAAGCGUGGUACAGUAGUCAAUAGGCAGGAUACACUGGUAAACUGGGGAUGCCUUUCCCAUUCGCUCGUCGACCCAUACAUGUAUCAACAAACUCAAAUCUGAGGCAAACCUCGAAUACCGAGUCAAAUUUUAUGAGGAAAUUGACCCCGUGUACUGAAAAAUUGAUAAAGAGUGGCGUUCAUCAACAGACGUUCCACUGUAUUUCAUGCAAAAUUAUAAAAUUUUAUCUAAUGCUUUUCUCUGAAAGUAGUUUAGAUCGAAGAAUUUUUUGAUGGACAAUUUUAUUUGACUUGUACUGUAUAUUGUGAGUGCAUACUUUAAGGAAGUACUGUACUGUAUAGGGAUAUAAUGUGGUACAAUCACAUGUACACUUGAGAGUGUAAUACUUAGGACAGAAAAACAAGCAAACAUAACACAGUUCGGUACUCUGUGUAUAUUCAUCUAUCGAUAAUAUUAGCACGAAAAGUACUGUACUACAUUCACAAAAUUGUAUCUUGUGGUAAAUACUCAGUAGGUUGAUGAGUUAGGGUAAAUAUUUAACAAAUUUUAGUAUGGUACAGGAGUAUACAGAACCAGGAUGUGAAGUAGUUUUGUGAUACGUGUUGUUUUUUUGGACAAUAAUAAUAUGGUUUUGUGUUGCUUUUAGAGCAAAUGUGCAGGUUACCCUGUUCUAUUAUACAGGUAUAUAAUAUACAGGCCAUCAUUUGUUAAAAUGGUUAAGUACAUAAUUGCAUUGCAUGUGUAUGUAAGACCAGUCCUAGAAUAUACAGUCUGAAAGACCAGUCCUAGAAUAUACAGUCUGUAAGACCAGUUCUGGAAUAUACAGCACCAGCAUGGAGCCCGCACCUUGUGAAACAAUAAAUGAUUGUGAAGAUCCAGGGAUUUGUCACACGAUUGGUAUUGGGAAUAAGAGCUCAUCGAUAUUGUAAUGUGGAUAAUACAGUAACCUGCACAAUCACCCUCUGAGCACAACUUUGUGAACACCCCAGAUCAAUGUAAAAUAACUUAAAAGAUUUUUGUAAUUUGUUCUGUCUUGUUCACCCGCACACCACCAGGGGACUGCACACCUUCCUCCUCGGUCCCCUAUCCUUGACACUUUUGUCAUUUUACCAUUUUUCAUUUGUUAGGCUUCUCAUUCCUGCUGCAAUGCUCUUGGUGACGGUUCUUCAGAAAAGUGUCGGUCAAUUAUUUUGUCCUGCAGGGUUCAUUUGCUUGUAUAUUUGUUCUGUAUUUUGGCACUUGCUUUGUAAUUAACUGUUUAUCACAAACUGCAUGUGCCUAAGAGUGACCAUUUCUAGGUGUUUGCAAGUGUUGCCUGUGCCUGUCAGGAUUGCCUUCCCUUAUGGGUUCAGGAGGUAAUAUUGUCCAGCUUCCUGAAGAAAGAGACUCGCCCUUGGCAGUGCAUGGGUUUUUGACUCCUCAGCAAGGCCUUGUGGAUAUUGGCAAUUGGAAUUUUCAUAUCACAUAGGGUGCUCAAAUGGUCAUCAUAUAGCACAUCGCUCAUGCCCAUAACAAUCACCACUGCCCCUAGGCUGUUUUCGGCACUUGUGAUAUUCGGUGAUUGGUUCCUGUGUCGAGUGCUUCCUGCUUGGUAUCCAUCAGGGCCUGAAAAGCCCUCUGCAGUUUAUGGGUGGUUCAGUAUGGACCUGCCUUCUGAUCUGCUCUCACUGAGUAUGAGUUAGAAGGCUGUGCCUCAGUUUUGCUGUACAAUAUUCCAAUUUGCUGCCUCCAUCAUGUUAUCUUCUGGUAGAGGAUACGUUUCACCCAGAUUCCUGCAGUGUGUGUUGUCAUUGGGGGUCCACUUUGGCAGAUCCUCUCUCUAAGGAGACUGCUUAUCAGGGAGCUGCUUAUUGGAGGGGGGAGGGGUGAAGUUGAUUGACAGUUGGGAGGUCGAAAGAACCAGAGCUCAAUCCCCGCAAACACAACUAGGUGAAUACAAGAAUACAUGUUAUAUUGGGUAUUUUUUUCACCUCCCGUUUGCUUAUUCUUCUCCUGAGUUGUCCUAGUCUUUGGGCAAGAUUUAACUUUUUUUGUCUUCAGUACUUGCUGCUUAGCAUUGCUUGCCAGUCAGCAAGACCCAAGGAGUCACCAAGGAUUCACCAGAAAUAAGACAUUUCAUUACAAGGAAUGCUGUUUUUUCCUCUCUAAACUGUGAUUGUGAUAUGGAUGUUGCUAUUAGCCCAAGCUAACUUUAAACAGUUAGAAUGAUGGCAACUUAUAACAUAAUUUAUUUGAUGCAAAUGGUUGUAUUGGUUACCGGUGGCUGUUGUAUAAGGUCAAGGCCAGUUAUUGCUAUAUGUCUGAGUAAAAUACAGUAUGCAGGCACUGUUGCUGAAAGGUUCAUCUCUCAACUAAUGACAUACUGUAUCAGGAAACACAAUUAAAUUAAUAGUUAAUUUGUUAAAUCUUGCAGGUAGUUCGUGUUACAUUGGGUUCAAAAUAAAUAAAUAUACACUAUGAAUGUAUAUAUGUAUAUAUAUAGCUACACAUUGUAUGCAUAUUUUUAAUAGACAUUCAUAAGAGUUAAAGGGGUUCCCUUUAGAAGAUUUUUUUGUCCACAUUUCUUGUAUCCAAAUAAUAUAUUUAUUGUAAUUAAAGGUUACAUUACCUAUAGGCCAUUACAAAUCCUAUUCAAGAUAGCAGCUACAGAUAUCAAAGAUGUGACUGCCAAAAGUUUAUAUUUUUUUUAUUCAGUAUACUGCAGUUGUAAUGAUACACUUAGUAGCGUACAGUGCAGUACAUGGUUUCCUUAGGGCACCGAGCCAUUCUUCUGCAAAGCCUUUUGCACUGUCCCUCGGACGUAUUAAAUCUUUGUAGGUAUAAGAAUUUAUGCUUGCUACUUUUAAUUCACAUUGUGUUUAGUGUAAAUAUACAGGACAAAAUAAUUUUACAGUAUGUUAAGCACAUGUAGAUAUGUAUUGUGUUUACUGCCAUAGUGCAAGCUUUAUAAAGUGAUAGGACCUAAGAAAAAUGAAGACAACAUUAAAAUAUGCUGAUAUUCCCUUUUUUACCUACAUACACAUGUAUGUGUGUGCAUUUUCUCUUUCUCACACUCGCACAUUCAACCACACGCCCUUACUGUCAUUCUCUCACAACCACACACCCUUGCUCUCACUCAUUCCCUUUCAACUGCACACCCUUACUCGCUCACAUUCCUCCCUUUUGCUUUCCCUUCCCCUGCAUACAUUCUUGUAUAUUUACACAGGAACAUACUGUCUUUUCUUUUGCUAUGAUUUUAGAAUAGUACAUAACCCUGAGUAAUAUACAGAAUUUGAAGUAAGAUAAUGUAUGUGCGUGUGCAUGCAUGCAUGCAAAUGUGUGCACACUGUUGUGUACAUACUGUAAUGCAUACACAAAUAAUGACCAAACCACACGUCAGGACUGAAACGUCAUUGUUUCUUCACCUUCUGAUGUGUGGUUUGGUCAUGUCUCUUCUGCAUUCACAAAUGCUGCUAGUGUGCAUGGACAAAAAUGAAGCACUUGUGUGUAUGUAUGCACAAACAUUUGCAAAGAUAUAUUUGUUUAGUGUCCUUUGUAAGGUGCAUCAUUUUUAUAUUCUUAACGCAUCAUAUUUUGAGGAUUUCGUACUGUAAUACAAAAAUAAUUUUGCAUGUAAAAAUGAUUUGAGAUUUAUUGUCUGCUGCAUAUGAUGCAAAUGUAUUGACAUGUUAUGUUUUGCAAAAUUGUUAUUUAAUAGCAAAGGUAUUUAUAGUUGAUACACUAUAUCAUAAUAAAAAUACAGAUUU